GCUAAAAACCCUACCGUCAACCCUGAAACGGCCGAAAACCGAUAUCGACCGCUGCGAAUUCCAUGAACAUCAUCUCUAUUGUUUGGCUUUGAUAUCCAAUUGAUUUGAUCACCCAACAAUGGCCGCUGUAUCGAGAGGCCUCAUUUCUUAUCUCCGUAGUUUAUCAUUAAAUCCUCACCGACCCCUUUCAACCUCCAUUACCAGUCAGUUUUUGCGAAGCUUUAGCUCAGAUGCAUUGGUCUAUGAAGGAGAAAAUUACACUAGUAACCGAAUCAUUGAAGCUAAGUCGAGAGUAAUGACGCCCAGUUCAAAAAGGACUGGGGUUAUUGCUGUGAAAUGUGGAAUGACGGCUCUUUGGGACAAAUGGGGAGCUAGGGUUCCGAUUACAGUACUUUGGUUGGAUGAAAACAUCGUUUCUCAAGUUAAAACACCUGAGAAAGAAGGCAUCACUGCUUUACAGAUUGGUUGUGGGCAUAAAAAGGAGAAACAUCUUACGAAACCAGAAGUGGGUCACUUCAGAGCACAAGGUGUUCCUCUGAAGAGGAAGUUGAGAGAGUUUCCUGUGACUGAGGAUGCUCUACUUCCCAUUGGCACUCAGAUCGGAGUUCGUCAUUUUGUCCCUGGGCAGUUUGUUGACGUCACUGGAAUCACGAAAGGAAAAGGUUUUCAGGGUGCAAUGAAAAGAUGGGGUUUCAAAGGAGGGCCUGCAUCUCAUGGAGCAUCAUUAUCUCAUCGAAGUCCUGGUUCUACAGGUCAGAGGGAUGCUCCUGGUAAGGUAUUCAAAGGUAAAAAGAUGCCUGGUCGCAUGGGUGGAAAGCAAAGAACAGUGAAAAAUGUGUGGGUAUAUAAGAUAGAUCCUGCGAGGAACUUGAUGUGGGUCAGAGGCCAAGUACCAGGCAACGAGGGAAAUUUUGUAUUUAUAAAAGACGCAUGGUACAAGAAACCAGAUAUAUCAUUGCUUCCAUUCCCGACCUACUUUUCCACAGAAGACGAGGAUGUGACGAGUUUGGAACCGCUGGUUGCUGAUCUUGGGGAAGCAGAUCCAUUUAUGGCUGCAGACUAAUCAAAUGCAUGACUUGGUUCCCCUUUUUUCUUUUCUUUUCUUUAUAUAUUAAUUUCCCAGUUCUUGCUCUCUCACUGUUUGGAGAUGGGUUUGAUUCUUGAUGAAUGUGGAGCAGCUUAGAUUUUCCAUUGUUUAAACUGGUAAUAGAAAGGAAAAUGUUUUGUUUGA